AAACUAUAGAAUAGCAAGAUAAACGCUACCGAAGGGCCCAAGCGUGGGAGAAGGCUCUUGGCAGGGUUUUGCGUUGUUCGGCCCCUAGCGGCUUACUGAGCACCAUGGCUUGGCGCAACUCUCUUUCCAAGAGCAUGCAGGAGCUUAGGAUUCACCUGUGCCAGACUUCGGCGGGGAGCAAGGGUGUUCGGGACUUCAUCGUUGCUAACUAUGCGGAGAUGAAGAAGGCGAACCCGCACUUCCCCAUCCUCAUCCGCGAGUGCGCGGGCACCGAGGCGUCGCUCACAGCGCGCUACGACUUCGGCGCUGAGAAGUCGGUCAACGUACAGGGCGCCACGACGGGGGCGGUGCAGCAGCAGCUGGAGCAGCUCAUCCUGGCGGGCCAGUCUAUGCCCAAGUCCGGCGAGUAAGCGCGCAGUGGCGAAGAUCUUGGGCGACAGGCCGCCUUCAGGGCCCAGCUUUAAGUGCGGCAGGGUGCUGCGUGGAAUGCUGGGCCAUCGACGGCCGAUCCCUUUGACACGCGCCGCUGCCAGUUGUGGCCGGCAGUGAUGUAUCAGCAGCUGAAUGUGGAGCGAUGCAAAAUAUCCGGCGCGCUACGUGCCGUGGCUUAUCACGUGAAAGGGCAGAUGGAGCUUGCAAGUUGCAAGGCGAGGCGGGCUGUUACAGAUUUGAGUCUGGCUUCCGAGGUUCGAGUGUACGCCACUUUGGAAUUUAGCACCACCUUUGCGGGUUAACCUUUCGAUGAGUGGUCCGUAGUACUUAAGCAAAUAGGUAUAAUAGCAACCCCAAGUCCCCGAGGGCUCGGGCUGGGCCAACGGCGCAUGUGUGCAGGCGUGUCCGGCCGGGCGGUGUAGAGCGUGCAUGCUAUUCUUAUUCAAAACGACGGCACGAUGCGUUGUGCUAACAAAAUGUAAACGUGCACGGUACCUACACGAGCCUCACUUAUCUACAGCACAGACAAGCACGCACCACAGAAACAAAAACACAGACAUGCCCGCAUGGCCCUGCUACCAAGGUGUGUCACGUCUCCAGCAGUCCCAACAAACAUAACCAUGCUCCCGCCAACGCCUCACGUCAACAUUACGUCAACAAAUGCACACCCAGUUAACUCAAAUGCCCCUGUCAACACUUAGCAACAUGUACGGCAGCCUCCCGGCUUGUUGUGCGCUGACCACCCAGCCUCCUCCUGCGCCGCUGCUCACUGGCUGGGGUCGUUCACGGUGCCCACGAACGCGGGCAGGCCGGUGGGGGUGUGCAUGAUGAUGAAGGCGAAGGGGCGGUUGAAAAUGAACUCGGGCGUGGGCAUCGGCAGCGCACAGCGCAGCAUCAUGACGGCGGUGGCGGCGGCCGCCACCGUGCCCUCCUCGUCCACCUCCACCACGGCCUGCGCAGCAGCAACAGGCAAAGGCAACGUUCGUUUGGCACAGGGGACGUUCGUUCGGUGGUUGACGAGUCCGUGCCAGGA